AUGUCAACAACUAAAGCCCUUGCUUAUUUUCAGAACGAGUGUAAAACCAGGAUUGCAGCUGAUGCAGGUCCAGAAGGUUUGGGCGCAGUAUUACUGCAGCUGCAAGGGAAAGAGUGGAGAGCGGUUUCGUAUGCUUCAAGGAAUCUGACCGAAGUGGAGAGACGCUAUGCCCAGACUGAAAAAGAGGCAUUGGCUCUUGUCUGGGCAUGCGAAAGAUUUAACCUUUAUGUGUACGGUCGUGAAUUUGAAUUGGAAACAGACCAUAAACUGUUACAAUGCAUUUUUGGGAAGUCGUCGAAGCCAUCAGCAAGGAUUGAGCGUUGGGUCCUCCGUUUACAGUGCCAUCAUUAUAACGUUGUCUACAGCCCUGGUAACACGAAUAUCGCAGACGCGUUGUCGAGGCUGAAUCAACCAAAGCCUAAGGAUCUGAGUAGAGAAACGGAAGAGAUGAUACGGCUUGUGGUACAAGAAAGUACACCGGUAGCCUUGACACCAAGAGAAAUCAAAAGAGAAUCGGAUAAAAAUCCGGAAUUGUCAAGUGUGCGUCACUAUAUUCAAACGGGCGAUUGGAUUGUAAGAUGCCAAGUUAUCUUUGUGUAAAGAAUGAACUGUGUGUGAUUGGGAAGCUGGUGCUUCGCGGAGACAGAAUUGUAAUACCUCAAAGUCUACGAGAAAAAGUCCUAAAGUCCGCUCAUGAGGGGCACCAGGGCAUCGUAAAGACAAAAAGUCGUUUGAGAACAAAGGUAUGGUGGCCAAAAUUAGAUGUUGAUGCUGAGAAAAUGUCCAAAUCGUGUCGUGGAUGCCAAGUUGUCGGACAAUUCAGUGUUCCAGAACCUAUGAUGAGAACCGAACCACCUAUGGGGCCUUGGCAAAACAUUGCCAUAGACCUGAUGGGUCCGAUGCACACAGGAGAAAGUUUGUUAGUAGCAGUGGAUUACUAUAGUAGGUUCUAUGAAGUCGUUGUUAUGCGUUCAACAACAACUCGAAGGGUGCUUGCUGCCCUAUCUGAUAUCUUUGCGAGAUUUGGUUUUCCACACUCUCUAAAGUCGGAUAAUGGUCCUCAAAUUGCGUCUGAAGAAUUUCGAAGAUACCUGCGGGAAAAUGGAAUAGAACAUAGAAAAUCCCCACCACUAUGGCCUCAAAAGCGGCAAAAUCGAACACUUUUGAAAGCAUUGAAAGUAGCAAAAGCAGAGGGAAAGAAGUGGCAAGAAGAAUUACCAAAAUUCCUCUUAGCAUAUCGCAGCACACAACACUGGAGCGACACCAGCAUAUUUGAUGUUCGGGAGAGAAUUGAAGACGAAACUUCCUGAGUUAAGGCGCCAAGACAGCAUUCUAAAUCAAGCAAUAAAAGAGCGUGAUUGGAGCCAGAAACUAAACCGGAAAGCUUACGCUGAUUACAAGAACACAGCCUCUAAUAAUCCAAUAGCGCCUGGUGAUCAAGUUUUGUUAAAGAAUGCUAAAACAACCGGAAAGUUGGCUCCUAAUUACGAGAACGAGCCAUAUUCAGUGGUGACAAAAGAGGGACAUGAACUUAUGCUUCAAUCAAAGGAUGGAGAAGUAUACCGAAGGGACAGUUCAUUUGUGAAUCCGUUCAAUUCACCAGAUGAAUUGGAUUUGCCAAGUGCUAGUGAGGAAGUUAGUGUUAAUUUAAGUGAAAAACCUGACACUGUCACAGAAUAUGACAGACCUAAACGUGUGAUUAGGCUACCCAAUAAACUGAAAAAUUAUAUUGUGGAGAAGACGAAAAAAUAA